GGGGCCCGAGGCCUCGUUCUUCGACGCCCUGGAUCGGCACAGGGCUUCCCUGCUGGCCAUGGUGAAGAGAGGUGCGGGGGAGAGCCCUGCCGGGGCCACCCGCGCGGCCUCUAGUGAAAACAUUGAAGACGGUGUGGACAUUAAAACUCAACAUUUUGCCCAUCUCCUAUGUUUAACUUGGCUUCCCUUCCUAGAAAAUAUGCCAAUGUUACUUAGAGUGACAUUUUUUGAAGCUGAUGGUUUGUGAAAUUAACAGCCAGCUGACAGAAAACUGAGUUCAGUCUUGAUAUUUUGUAAAGUGGCGUGAUUUAAGUGGCCAAGUCAACCAUUUAGUACAGAAUUCACAAUUUAUCCCUUUCCUGGUAGUGAUUAAAUUUUUUCCCUUUGAAUCACUAAAACUUAAAAAUGGUUAAUUUUUAAGGCAUGAGAUCAAUUAGGGCAGUAUGCUACAAGCAGCUGUGUUCAUGUACAUGCGUGCAUGCGUGCAUGUCAAAGCCCGUCUCAUAUCAUCCUCAGUUAAAACAUUUAACAAUAAUAUUUCAAGCCAAGUCUGUAUUGAAGUUCAGUGACAUUGAAGUAAGUUAAUUGUGAGCAAAUAAAAAUGCAUUUGUAAGUUAUAUGAGCUCAUUGUUAAUGCAAAAGGGUUAUUUAAGAGAUGAAUUUACAGACAAAUCUAAUGUCUCUGUAAGUAACCCCUAUAAGAGCAGUUGUUUGAAUGCCUGCUGAGUCAGAAUUUAGUAAGAGAGAUGGUUAUUGACAUGUAUUUCCAAGGCUUUCAAAAAAAAAAAAAAAGGAACAAACAAAAGGGAGGUAUGGUGGCCAACACCUGUAAUCCUAGCACUCAGGAGACCAAGGCAGGGUUGUGGGUUUGAGGCCAUCCUGGACUUCAUGGUGAGUUCCAGGCUAGCCUUAGCUACCUUAUGAGACCUUGUCUCCAAAAGCAAGACAAAACAACAAAAAUCUAAUAAAAUGAAGUUGUGCUCAGCAGUUUGGUGGUACACGCCUUUAAUCUCAGCUGAACUCAGGUGGCAGAAGCAGGCAGAUCUCUGUGAGUUCAAGGUGGCAGAGGCAGGCAGAUCUCUGUAAGUUCGAGGCCAGCCUGGUCUACAGAGUGAGUUCUAGGACAGCCAGGGGUGCACAGAGAAACCUUGUCUCAAGGGAGGGGAAAAAAGUUGUCUUUGUAUUGAUCUGGGAAAUAUUACAUGCUAUAUAAAAUUAAAUCAUGGUGUGUUUAUUGUUUCAGUUCUGAGGUUCUUACAGCUAUAGAAAAUAUUAUUCAAGACAUAAUCAAAAGCUUGGCAAGAAACGAAGUGCCUGCCUUCACAAUAGACAACAGAUCAAGCUGGGAAAACAUAAUGUUUGAAGACUCUGUCGGCCUUCAGAUGAUACCUCAGUGUACCACAAGAAAAAUCAAAAGCGAUUCACCAAAAUCAGUUAAAAAAUUUGCUCUAAUUCUGAAAAUAUUGUCCAUGAUUUAUAAAUUAGUACAGAGCAACACUUACGCAACCAAGAGAGACAUCUACUACACUGACAGCCAGCUUUUUGGGAACCAAGCUGCAGUGGACAACAUUAUAGAUGACAUUUCCUGUAUGCUGAAAGUGCCCAGGAGGAGCCUGCAUGUGUUAUCUACCUCCAAGGGAUUGAUUGCUGGCAACCUGAGAUUCGUGGAGGAGGAUGGUACCCGAGUGCAGUGCACCUGCAAUGCCACGGCUACUGCUGUGCCAUCCAACAUUCAAGGGAUCCGGAAUCUGAUCACAGAUGCAAAGUUUCUGUUAAUAGUAGAGAAGGAUGCAACAUUUCAACGGCUCCUGGACGACAACUUCUGCAGCAGAAUGUCCCCAUGCAUCAUGGUCACGGGAAAGGGCAUUCCUGAUCUGAACACAAGGCUCCUGGUGAAGAAGCUGUGGGACACAUUUCACAUUCCUGUUUUCACUUUGGUAGAUGCUGAUCCCCAUGGCAUCGAGAUAAUGUGCAUCUAUAAGUACGGUUCCAUGUCCAUGUCUUUCGAAGCCCACAGUCUCACUGUCCCAACUAUCAGAUGGCUUGGUCUCCUCCCUUCUGAUAUUAAAAGGUUAAAUAUACCUAAGGGUAGUUUGAUUCCACUGACAAAGCAUGACCAGGUGAAACUGGACAGUAUCCUGAGGAGGCCUUAUAUUACCUACCAGCCCUUCUGGAGAAAAGAGAUGGAAAUGAUGGCAGACUCUAAGAUGAAGGCAGAGAUCCAAGCCUUGACUUUCCUGUCAUCAGACUAUCUUUCCAGAGUGUACCUACCCAACAAGCUGAGGUUUGGAGGAUGGAUAUAAGAUCAGAGUCGGGUGGUGUGUACUUCCCAGAGCUUUCCAUCAGCUUGUUUGAACUGCAAACACUGGGUGAAGGAGUACCUAGUCUUAAUUCUGCAACAGUAAAAGUAAUUUUAUGCUACUAUGUUUGUCAAAGCAAACUCCAUAAUGCCCUUUAGACUGUUUGAUCUUCUGUAAAGACAGAUUCUUAUUCUAGAGCGAUUAUAAAAUAAUUUAAUUUUUAAAUUUUAUUAGAAAAACUGUUGCAUAUGAACGUCUAUAAAAAUACCUACUUCUGCUGGGUGGUGCACGCCUUUAAUCCCAGCACUCAGGAGGCAAAGGCAGGGGAAUCUCUGAGUUCAAGGCCAUCCUGGUCUACAGAGUGAGUUCUAGGACAGCCAGAGCUACACAGAGAAACCCUGUCUUGAAAAACCUUGAAAAAAAUUGACUUCCUAUAACAUAGCUAAUAUAGCUGUGAAGUAUCUCACUAGCAACAAAAAUAGCAGUCGAAACUCAAGAGGUUGUAAAGGCAUUUUACAUGGCAUUUUUUUCCCUUGUACUUUCUUUUGCUUCGUGGUAUGGGGAACUUGCCCUGUUAAUGUACCUAUGAAACUAGUAAAGUUUAUUGUAAACAAA